UGGGUUAAAUGAGUGUCAGCCUUUUUCAAUAAUUUUUUUCAAAUAAACUAAAUUAAAUAAUUAAUAAUUUCUAAUUAAUUAUUCACAAUAUCGAUUAUCGGUGAUUAAUCAACAAUUCUUAGAACGAAAAAUUCCCCAAAUGAAAAUCUAGUUGUUCCAAGGGCACCCCAGUAACAACAUAAAUAUGGAUAAAAUCAAUGAGAUUCUGCGAAUUUAGGUAUUGGUAUUAACAAAGGGUUGAAAUUAUUUAGAAUUAGGACGGUAUGACUGUUGCCAUUACCAAUAUGCCUACAGUGAGAAAGGUGCGAAGAGAAACCAAAACUACAGAAGUCAGUAGCUGCUUGAAAUAUAUGAUUUUCGGGUUUAACGUACUGUUUUGGCUUUUGGGUUUAGGUAUACUGACUAUAGGAGUAUGGGCAUGGUCCGAAAAAGACAUAUUCAAUAAUCUAGGAAAAGUGGCCAACAUUGCCCUAGAUCCUGCUUUUAUAUUAAUUUGUAUUGGUUCAGUAACAUUUGUAAUAGGUUUCACUGGUUGUGUGGGCGCCCUAAGAGAAAAUACAUGCUUAUUAGCCACAUAUGCCAUAUUCCUUUCUGUGCUUUUACUUUUCGAAAUGACUGCUGGCAUAUUGGGAUUCAUAUUCAAAGACUGGAUUAAAUCUCAAGCAACUAUAGGAUUUCAAACUUUUAUAAUUCACUACAGAGAGGACCCCGAUCAACAAAACCUAAUCGAUUGGAUACAAGAAGAUUGGUUACAAUGUUGCGGUAUUGAAGGACCAAAAGACUGGGACAGGAAUAACUAUUUUAAUUGUUCGUCGCGAGUUGUAGGCAGCAGGGAGGCCUGCGGAGUACCUUUUUCUUGUUGCAAAAGAAAACCCAAUGAAAUUAUUAAAAACAAGCAAUGUGGCUACGAUGUCCGGAAACCAGGAUUUGCUUUCGAUGUUUCGAAAAUUAUAAACGAACAAGGCUGUAUGGAGGCUGUGGAAGAGUGGACCGAAAAAAAUAUGAUUACAUUAAUGUCGUGCAGUAUUCUUUUAUUGUUUUUGCAAAUUCUAGGCAUAUGCUUUGCGCAAAAUCUUCGAGCCGACAUUUUUGCCCAAAAAUCCAAGCACCACUGACAUUUAAGAACUCCCACGGCGGUUUAGUAUAAUUUUUUAUACAGAGCUGCCUGGGAACCAAUGGAACAGAUCGGAGUCAGUAUAUCAUGAUAGUAAUUAUAACAUUUGUAACAAUUUAUUGUAUUUGAUUGUAACAUUUUUUGAGUGAUAUAAAAUAUCAAAUAACGUUUUUGCACAAAGACAAUUAUUGAUUGUAUAUAACUAAUUUGUAAUAUUUAAAUGUAACAAACAAUAUUUCCAAUGUUUAUUGCAUUUCUGUGAUUGAAAUAUUCUCGAAUUGUGGGGGUGGGCUUUUUUAACUUGGAAUUAUUUAAUGUGAUAUUUUUUUUACAUUCCUCUUGCUUGUCUUUAAUACUCAAUUUUAUUGUCUGAGACUUUUUUUUAGUAAAUACUCUAGUACCUUUUAACAGUGCUAUUUUGUGAUUAUUAUAAUGAUUGAUCAGGCAAACUAAUAAAUGAUCAAAACAAAGACAGCAUAAAGAAAAAUUGUGCAUUAUGUUAAAAUAAUUAAUAAAAUAUUUAACAAGAUUAA